UGCCUCCGGCUCGCGGCUGCUUAGUUAAAGCUCUUCGCGACUCGGCCGGAGCAGCGCCCUGGGUCGCCCAGCACUGGAAGAAGGCUGCGGCAGCCGGUGGGGACGGACGCGGGGGCGUGGCGGGAGAACAGGGCCACGCGUAGCGACCAGGGCUCACACAUCCGCGGGGUCCCGGGCUGCAAUGAGAACGCUGGCUGGAAGGAAGCACGAUGGCGUCUCUCGAUUCUGAGGUGAAGGAAGAGCGUCUGAGGGAAGACCUGAAGUUCUACUUCAUGAGCCCCUGUGAGAAAUACCGAGCCAGACGCCAGAUCCCAUGGAAGCUGGGCUUGCAGAUUCUGAAGAUAGUCAUGGUAACCACACAGCUUGUUCGCUUUGGCUUAGGUAACCAGCUGGUGGUGGCUUUCAAAGAAGAUAACACUCUUGCUUUUAAGCAUCUGUUUUUGAAAGGAUUUUCUGGAGUCGAUGAAGAUGGCUACAGCUGUAGUGUGUACACCCAGGAGGACGUCUAUGACAGCAUCUUCUUUGCUAUAAAGCAGUAUCGUCGUCUAAAGAACAUUUCCCUGGCAACUCUUGGUUAUGGAGAGAAUGAAGACAACAGAACUGGCUUGAGAUGCUGUAAGCAGCACUACAAGACAGGCGCCAUGAUUUCUCCUAACGAGACCCUGGAUAUUGACAGUGACAUUGAGACAGACUGCAUUCACCUAGACCUCCAAGUGCUGGACGAGGAACCGGAGGACUGGACGCAGACUGAUUUCUUCAGGCUGGAUUUUUACCGGCUCAUACAAGUUAAUAUCUCCUUUGCCCUCAAAGGAAUUGACCUACAGGCAAUUCAUUCCCGAGAGGUACCGGACUGUUACAGCUUUCAGAAUACGAUUACCUUCGACAACACAGCCCACAGUGGAAAAAUAAGAAUCUAUUUUAACAGCGAGGCCAACAUAGAAGAAUGUAAAGCCAUGAAUAUAUCUGGAUCUAACUGCCGUUUGCUGGAAAGUCACUCUCCACAAUUUGUGCAAGGUGUGCUUAACAUUUGCAUUCUGCCUCGUUCUGCAGUUCAGAGAAGCACUCAGUAUGUCCUGCCGUUUGACGUGUUUGUCAUUAUGAUCUGCCUGGCAUCCCUUAUCCUGUGCACCAGAUCCAUUGUCCUUGCUCUGAGGCUGAGAAAGAGGUUUCUGAACUUCUUCCUGGAGAAACAUAAGCGAUGCGCGUGUGAUGCUGACCAGUGGGAGUUCAUCAAUGGAUGGUACGUCCUGGUCACUGUCAGCGACCUCAUGACAAUCAUUGGAUCCAUAUUAAAGAUGGAGAUCAAAGCCAAGAACCUCACAAAUUAUGAUCUGUGUAGUAUUUUGCUCGGGACGUCAACGCUCUUGGUCUGGGUUGGAGUCAUCAGAUACCUGGGCUAUUUUCAGACAUACAAUGUGCUCAUUCUAACCAUGCAGGCCUCACUGCCCAAAGUCCUCCGCUUCUGCGCUUGUGCUGGUAUGAUCUACCUGGGCUACACGUUCUGUGGCUGGAUUGUCUUGGGCCCGUACCACGAGAAGUUCGAAAACCUGAACAUAGUAUCCGAAUGCCUGUUUUCUCUGGUCAACGGAGAUGACAUGUUUGCUACCUUCGCUCAGAUCCAGCAGAAGAGCACCCUGGUGUGGCUGUUCAGUCGCCUUUACCUGUACUCCUUCAUCAGCCUCUUCAUAUACCUGGUGCUCAGCCUCUUCAUUGCGCUCAUCACCGAUUCUUACCACACCAUCAAGAAAUACCAGCAAAAUGGGUUUCCUGAAACGGAUCUGCAGAAAUUCCUGAAGGAAUGCAGUGGCAAAGAUGGGUACCAGAAAGAACCGCCGGCCUUGUUGUCCUGCGUCUGCUGUCUGAGGAGGAGAGGAAGUGAUGACCACUUGAUUCUCAUUGACUAAAAUCCUUCUAAUGUCAAUCAAGUCCAGACCUCUUUCUCCUGUGGUGGUGCAGAGAGAACCCAGAGGGAGAAGAAGGUCACUAAAAGAUUGUCUCACUGAAUUGUGGAUCCAGAAGGACGAGUGUCUGCCAGCUUCUGACCAGAAGUGACAUUCCAAAGCUACCUUUUACAAGCAUGGAGGGCAGAGGAUAGGCCCUUCCUGGGAGUUAGUUGAAGGGAAGUGUGAUAAUGACAUUUCAUCAAUAGUCUGCUCAUUUGUGACAUCAUAAUGUUGGGAUGAAAACUAUUAGCAUUUCAGAGUGUGCAAGCAAUAUUUAAAGCUAAGUAAAAGUAUAUGCUUACUGCCAGAAAAGGUUUGUUUUAAAAAUGUGAUCCUUGGAUUUGAAGACAUUUGGUAAUUCAUGGCCAGCACAGAAAUAUAUUUGGUUUCUAUCCCAAAUUAAGACUUGAAGCUGGAGGACUGGUAAGCUGUGAAAAGUCUCGCACUCAGGCACUAACCUGAGUAAAGAUGGCUGUUUGUUCUGUGAACUUGAUUCUUCAGCAUGCCAUGCUGGGUCUUUCAGCCCAGUCAGCGGGAUGUAACAGACCAUAUGGGUAUGUCCUCAGCUGAGCUUUCCCUGCCCUGCACACACAGCUGAGGGCUGCUAAACUUGAAGUGGUCCCCGGGUCACAAGUCAUCCCCACUGUGGUGGGAAUUUACCUAUGUCAAACAAGGAAAUAUGAUGUGUGUUUCCUCAAAUAAAUUUAUUUUCACAA